AUGGCUGGGGGAAUCAGCGAGAAAGCGUCAGCGUUAACUCUGGAGGAGAUGGGAAAAGCGAAAAAUCCGGUUGACUUCUACCGACAGUACAUUGCGGAGAGACUGGCGCCGAUUGUGAACCGAAAAGAUACCGAACUGGUACCACUGCUACAAUGGACAGCAACUCUAGACAAGGGAGACCUCAUGUUACCAGUUCCUGCUCUACGAGUCAAGGGUAAACCUCCUCAAGACCAGGCCAGAGAGAUUGUUGACGCGUUUCCCAAGACUGACGAUACCGUUGUGACGGCCUCACAAGCUGGUCCGUUUGUACAGUUCUUUUUUAAGCCGGAUCAUCUUGUUAAGCUUGUUAUUCCGGAGAUUCUCACCUCGACCAAGGCGUAUGGAUCCAAUCCCACCCCCGGCCUCAAGGAUCCCUCGGAUCUUUCCACAGGCCAAAAGAAGGUCAUUGUGGAAUUUUCAUCCCCCAAUAUUGCCAAAGAGUUCCAUGCUGGCCAUCUUCGAAGUACCAUCAUUGGCGGUUUUCUGGCAAAGCUCUUCGCCACCAUGGGCUGGGAGGUCUUGAAGAUGAAUUACUUGGGUGACUGGGGCAAGCAAUACGGUCUAUUGGCCAAUGGCUUCAAGCAAUUUGGAAGCCAAGAAGAAUUGGACAAGAACUCGAUCGCGCAUCUAUUCCAGGUCUAUGUGAAGAUCAGCAAGAUCAAGAGCGAGCAAGAUGGACCGAUCAACGAGCUGAAGAAGGAAAUCAAAGAGAAGAAAGCCAAGGGCGAAGAUGUGACUGCGCUAGAACAGAGGCUGGCCCCUUUAGUCGAGGCGAGUGAAGACGAAAAGGCCCGAAAAUACUUCAAGAGUAUGGAAGACGGCGACGAAGAGGCGCUCUCGUUGUGGCGGAAAUUCCGAGACAUGAGUAUUCAGAAAUACCAGAAGACAUACGCGCGAUUAAACAUUGAAUUUGACGUCUACUCGGGAGAAUCGCAAGUAAAGGCCGAAAACAUCAAGAAAGUUCUUGACAGUCUGAUGGCGCAAAAAAUUGCGGAAGAGUCCGAAGGGGCCAUCUUGAUCGAUUUCAGCAAACACGGGGCAAAGAAACUCAACAAAGCCAUCAUCGUCCGGAAAGACGGGACGCCGUUGUAUCUCACUCGAGAUUUGGCCGCCAUCCUGGAGCGACAUGACACGUAUCAUUUCGACAAGAUGAUCUACGUGAUCGCAGAUCAACAGAAUGAACACGUGGCACAGUUGUUCAAAACGACCGAGAUCAGUGGGCACAAAGAUGUGGCCGACAAAUGCGAGCACAUCUCUUUCGGCAUGGUCAAAGGCAUGAGCACCCGAAAAGGUACGGUCAAGUUUUUGGACGAUGUGAUCCAAUCAGUCAAGGAUGUCAUGCUCGAGGUGAUGAAGAAGAAUCAACAGAAAUACGAACAGCUGGAUGACCCUGAUGCCGUGGCUGAUGUCCUUGCAAUCACUGCGAUCAUGGUGCAGGAUUUGACGGGCAAAGUUCGCAACGGGUACGAAUUCAACAUCAACCAGAUGACGGCAUUCGAGGGUGAUACAGGACCAUACUUGCAGUACGCCCACGCGCGAUUGUGUUCGAUUGAACGAAAGGCCAAUGCAGAUUUGAGUGCCUUGGGUUCCGCGGACCUCUCAUUGUUGAGGGAACCCCACGCUGUCAACUUGGCUCGGUCGUUGGCGCAGUACCCCGAUGUUGUCAUGAAUACCCUCAAGACACGCGAACCAGCGACAGUGCUGACUUAUCUAUUCAAAAUGGCCCAUGCCUUAAGCUCAAGUUACGACCAGUUACAAGUUGUGGGGAGCGAGCCGGAGCUGCAGAAGGCUCGUUUGGCAUUGUACGAGGCUGCCCGACAAGUCUUGUGGAAUGGGAUGACUUUGCUCGGUCUAUCCCCGGUGGAGCGGAUGUGA